AUGACAACCCUCCAAUGGAUGAACGUGAGAGCAGGAAGGACCGUUGACACGUCCGACAUUGACCCUGCCCACUACGUCAAUGGUGAGCCGCCGAUCUGCAUCGCCAGGGCGAGGCACGGCGGCCACCUUCUGCCAGGGUACGUGCGCCUGACCAAUCACGUCGGAUACUUCGCAGACAGGCGUGAAGUGGUCAAGAAGACCGAAUACCAGCUGCUCCUGGAUGGAAGUGUGGCAUGGCAGGAAGUUGGCGAGGGCGAACCUGUGCCUGAAAACGCAGUGAAGAUCGGAAGCACCUGCCAAGAAACGCUAUACCUGGGAGCGGCCAAUGUCAACGGAGAAGACUUACUUGGCACAGUUGCAAGCAGUGUCUGCUCGAUUGCGAUAGAUGACCGCGUGUUUGAGACCAGAACCUUUUCCAUCCUGGUGCGAAUGACGAGUUGA